UCAAGAAGAGGUACAGGUGAGGCAGGUGCAUGUCACAGCUAAAAUCUGUCUGGACUCUACAUCAGCAGCAGCUCACACACAUCUCUACUAUUGACGGCAACACACAGCCAAGCACAAUGAGUACAGAUGGGAAGAGUCCUCCUCCCUACGUCAUACCAGUUGGAGUGCAGGAUAAGAAUAAUGUGCCGGUUUACCAUCUUCAUACUCCGUUCACCCCUCCUACACACGAACAGCAGCCCGGCAUGACGACCUGCACCUCCUGCCAGCAGCAGGUCAUGACCAACGUCACCUACAAAGCAGGGACGUACGCCUGGCUCAUGUGCUUACUCUUCAUCUGCUGCGGGUUGUUCUGCCUCUGCUGCCUGAUUCCUUUCUUCUUGAAGGACUUCAAGGAUGCGUACCACACCUGCCCUCGAUGCAACAGAGUGCUGCACAUUGAAAAGAAAAAGUGCUGUAAAAAAUGAUGAACCUGAUGGCAGAAACAGACCCGUAGAAAUAAUAAAUAACAUCCCUUUACCUUUUUGUCUGAUCAGUUUCACCAUUUUUACAAAAUGGUCAAAGGUGCAGUACAAUGUUUUUAUUUCUAUGGAUGAGCCAUUGCAUUUGCUGAAGCUAAAAUCAAAAUCAUAUUAUUAUCAAACGGACUGGGAGUCGAUGUGAUGUCUUAAUAUUAUGUGCACACUUUUUAAAGCUCUGGCUAGUUUAAUUAGCCCAUUAGCUUAAUUUUUUGUUUAAAGUCGUGAAGUACAACUGCAACUUUGACAUUUGAAGAUCAAAUAAUAUAAAUCUUUUAUCAAUAGCAAUCAAUAUCAGGAUUUUUUGAAAGAUUAAGAGAAAUGCUUAUAUAUAUGUUAAUUGAAUGUCUUCCCUAUGAUUUUUUUUAACGCUUUAUAUCUCUGCAUUACUUUUAUAAUGAACUUGAAUAUGUUCAUACAUUUUUCAUCUCAUUCUAUAUUUAGUUGUUGGGCACAUCGAACAGCAGUUUUCUUUCUAAAAUAUAUAGAAGGAAACAGUAGUCCUAUGUUACCAAUGACUAAAUAAAUGUUAUCCAGUCAAACAGUUUGACCGAUUUUAAAAAUGUCUUUAGAUUCGUGGUCGGGCACAAAUGGGUUAAGCAGACCCCAUGCAAUUUUUGGGAGCCGUUUUAUGUUUGUCCCAUUCCAGCAGAAAAAAACAAUAAAUAUAUAUAAUCCUUUUCAGAAACAUCUGCAUACGUUGUGUUGUUCAAAUGAAGGGCUUGUAAAUAAACUGUUGUA